AAGAGUUCCUUUCCGGCAUUCAAAAUACUCGUGACCUUACAAUAUUGUACUUUGAAAACAUGGGAACUUAGAUGGUGUUUUGAUCAUUGUAAGGUGUGGGUGACAUAAAGUUAUGCUUGCACAUAUUGUGAAGAAAAUAACCGCACACAAAAUAUGGCCAGUACAUUGGUUGCCGUUGGACUGACAAUAGCUGCUGCAGGAUUUGCAGGUCGCUAUGCUGUACAGGCAAUGAAAGUCAUGGAACCACAAGUGAAGCAGGCCCUGCAGAAUCUUCCCAAAUCUGCAUUUGGUGCUGGGUACUACAGAGGUGGAUUUGACCCAAAAAUGACCAAAAGAGAAGCUUCGUUAAUUUUAGGAGUCAGCCCCACUGCUAACAAAGCCAAAAUAAGAGAAGCGCAUAGGAAAAUAAUGGUAUUGAAUCACCCGGACAGAGGAGGAUCGCCGUACCUUGCCGCGAAAAUAAACGAAGCGAAAGAUCUGUUGGAUGGGCAAGCUAAGAAAUAGAUCUCAUUCAUUGCACUUCAAAUUGUCCAGCGAAGCCUCUUCAAUGAUCUGUCAUCCUUAUAAUAACAAAAAUAAAUUGGUGUUUGUAAAUACUUAAUCUCUUUGGUUGUUAUGUGUUGUCUUCCUUGUUCAGCCUGUUAAUUAGUUUCUUCAUGCUGCUUUUUUUGAGUGGGGUGUGCUUGAGGAUAGAGGAAAUUUGGGUACAGAAUCUUUUGCAGCUGUUCAUUAAUAAUGAGCAUGAGUGGCACAUAUUGCUGCUAGUUAUGCAUAUGCAGUAAAGACAUGUACUUACAAGAUAAAUUUGAAAGAAUUUUGUGGUACUGUGCUGUGGUUGGUUUUUUAAAUCUACAUUGGGUAUAAUCUAUAGCCCAUGUGUACAGAAAUGUACUAAAUUGCUGGAUAGUAUGAAAUACUGUCAAUAUUUGUGUAAAAGACAUCCCUGGAAACACUAAACAAAAUACAAAUAUUUGUUUCCUUGAGAAGCAUUCACAAAUCAAAUUGUGGUUUAGCUUGAGUGAACCACAGAGCAAUGGACAGGCAUGGCAUUUCUGAAUGAGAAUAACCCAAAUUUCUGCAGCAAUGCAGGCUGUGAAGCUUCACUUCUCAGUUUUACUUCUGAGAAGGUCACUCCCCUGUUAGGGUAAACACAGCAGUAUGACUUUGUAGAAAAUUAAACUCAGUGGUUUUAACAGACUAAAGUUAAAAAAGAUUAUUCUGAUCUCAUGAAUAGCAUUUUAGUCCUUUUUAGGCCUGAAUUGUAGAGGCUCCUGGUGUGUCUUGUAUAGCAUCCAAAGGAACGGUUAAAAACAAAAUCUCUUGCCAUCCAGUCUCCUCUGUGUUUAUUUUCCUCUAGUCUUUAGGCCAUUCAUAGGUUUAAUUGAAAAUUAGCUGCCGAGCCAUUUUGAGAGUCAUUUGUCUGGCUGCAUUUUAUAGUACUGACACUUCAGACCUGGCUACAAUGAGAUGAUAGGUUCUGAAUGGCCUGAUCCAUAGAGAGAAAUCCUGCUGCAGUGGUGAGGUUUUUUUAAGCUUUGUUGAUAAUUGUAGCCUCUUUUUCUGUCCAACUUUGGGUGUGGUAAAAUGGCCUGUUUGCUUUGUGCAGUGGAGUUGGCGAAACUGCCCUAGCUAUUAUCAGAGAUGCUUUUGAUAUUGUCAAAAGCAGGGAAUAGAUUUUUUUUUCUUCCUUGACAGAAAAAAGUAAUUUUCUGUGUGUCCAUUAGUUUUUCAUUAAAGUAAGAUUAAACUGCCCAGCCAAUCACAUUCCCAUUCAGAUGAUUAAAGGGUGGCAUUUUACAGGGGCCAAAACUAAUUGCUACAGCAGUCAAAAUGACAGAGAGCAAAGACCGGCAUGUUUUUACAUUAGAUAAUAUGACUCGUAAUUAGAUUCAAGCUAAUUCUGCUGGUUCUGUUCCAUUAAUGAGACGGGACUCUCCUCUUUGUGGGUACAGCAUACAGCUCCAAAGGGUGUCAUUUUGUCAUGCUGAGAGUAUUUUUAAUGAAAUUACCAAGUAACAUGCCAGGACUCACUGAUCCAUCUCACACACUGAAGUAUUAA